AUGUCUACGUCAAACAAGCUUCCAAUAGAAAUAGUAGAAUGUAUCAUUAGUCAACUUUAUCAAACGAUGCCUUGCAUUGCGGGAGUUGCUUCGAACAGCGCGGACAAAUCAUUCCUAGAGCAUACAUCGAUCAUCGACCUACUUAAGCUACGUCUUGUUAACAAAGUUUGGGCAAUGGCAGUUCAACCUGUCAUUUAUCGCUCUUUGUUUUUGAGAACUCCUUGGGUAGAGGGGUAUUUCAUGAAAAUGUGGCAGACCAGUUACGGUUUUUCCCCCUUCUCGAACUUACGUCGCCUUUAUUUAUAUCAGCUCAUUUUUCGACAUCCUGGUAUCGAAGGACAAGCUCUUUGGGAUCUAUCGGAAGACUGCAGCCGACAACAUGAAUAUGGAUGUGUUGUUCGUGGAUCGAGUUGGAUUCCUAUGCACGAUGCAAGUGACAUUAUUAUUUUAUGUGGUAGAAAUUUGGAGGAGCUCAAGUUUAACUUCGCCGGUUCGGUUGGAUUUUCAGAUUCUUUAGUAAUCGCUAUGAAGCAAAUCAAAAAGUUGACGACUUUAAUCAUUGAAGGGACAAACGUUCGAUACAUUGGAAAUAACCAUCAAUCGUUGAUUGCUGUCUUAAAUAAUGCAACCAAACUAGAAUUAUUAUCUCUCAGACUACUAGAUUUAGAAUCAUUGGAAGUAGAUGCUGGCGCCCUACCAAAUCUCAUCCAUCUCUGGGUAACCGCUCACCCGUACAAUCUUCCAGCCAUAAACAGCUUUUGUAAUUCAGAAGGUAGAGCAAUUCGACUUCUGGAAUUUUCACCGUCAUUCUAUCGGCGUGAAGCCCCGGAAAUGAUUUUAGCGUCGAAGAACACUCUGGAGGGGCUCUUUGUCAAUACGAUCCCGCAUCUCAUUCCUGAAGGGUUGCGAUUCACAUCUUUCCCAAAGUUACGGUUAAUACGUACUGGGACAUUUGCGCGGAGUGAACCACCAGCUUGGUUAAAAUGGCCAUUCUUCCGCAAUAUAGAAAUUUUGGUCAUCAACUACCGCGGGACGAAGAGUCAUUGGCAUAUAGAGUUGGAACAAAUCGGUGGAUUUGCUUCUCGGAAUAAGCUCAAUUUAAAACACAUGGUUUUUACAACACCAUCCAGAAAGGAUCACUCGGAUCCCAGGCUCGAAAAAUUCUUUCAAGACUGCGGUAUUCAAUGUCAUUUCGAGCAUAGGUUGGAUCACACUGGAUUGCUGGUUAGGGAGCGGUGUGCACAAAGUGGAGCAACUGUCUUGAAUGUAUUUGACUGCCAACCUUAG